UCGGCUCGGCUCCGCUCGGCGAGGUCGGCGCUGACGGCGGCGGGGGCAAUCUGCCGUGCCGCACAGCCAUGCCCGCUCUCCUCUUCCUCCUGCUGCUCCUCAGCUGCCGCGCCGCCGCCGAGGAGGACGGCUCCCUGCUCCGGCCGGGCCCGGGCAGGCAGAGCGCCGCCGCCGCGCCUCCGACGGCCGCGACGCCCGCGCUGCGCGGCACCGAGCACAACGCGUCCCGCCCGGCCGCGCUGCCCGAGGGAGCGGGGGCGGCCGGAGGGAGGCCGCGCUCCGCCUUGCCCCCCAUGUGCACGGGACAGACGGAGAUCAAGGAGACUUUCAAGUACAUCAACACCGUCGUGUCCUGCCUGGUCUUCGUCCUGGGCAUCAUCGGCAACUCCACGCUGCUGCGGAUCAUCUACAAGAACAAGUGCAUGAGGAACGGCCCCAACAUCCUCAUCGCCAGCUUGGCCUUGGGCGACCUGCUCCACAUCAUCAUCGACAUCCCCAUCAAUGUCUACAAGCUGCUUGCAGAGGACUGGCCCUUUGGUGUCGAAAUGUGCAAAUUAGUGCCCUUCAUUCAAAAGGCAUCGGUGGGCAUCACAGUGCUGAGUUUGUGUGCCCUCAGUAUAGACAGGUACCGAGCAGUUGCUUCUUGGAGUCGCAUUAAAGGAAUUGGAGUGCCAAAGUGGACUGCUGUGGAAAUUGUCCUGAUCUGGGUCAUAUCAGUGAUACUGGCUGUUCCAGAAGCUAUUGCAUUUGACAUGAUUACGAUGGAGUACAGAGGAAAGUAUCUUAGAAUCUGCUUGCUUCACCCCACGCAGAAAACAUCCUUUAUGAUGUUCUACAAGCAAGCUAAAGACUGGUGGCUGUUCAGCUUUUACUUCUGUUUGCCACUGGCUAUCACAGCAUUUUUCUAUACUCUCAUGACUUGUGAGAUGUUACGAAAGAAAAGUGGGAUGCAGAUUGCUUUAAAUGACCACUUAAAACAGAGACGUGAGGUGGCCAAAACUGUGUUCUGUCUGGUACUUGUUUUUGCCUUGUGUUGGCUCCCACUUCACUUAAGCAGAAUCUUGAAACUCACUAUUUAUGAUCAGAAGGACCCCAACAGAUGUGAACUUUUAAGCUUUUUUCUUGUGAUGGACUACAUUGGUAUUAACAUGGCUUCACUGAACUCCUGCAUCAAUCCAAUAGCUCUGUAUUUGGUGAGCAAAAGAUUCCAAAACUGCUUUAAGUCAUGCUUGUGUUGCUGGUGCCAAUCCAAAGAUCUGUUGUCCCUGGAGGAAAGGCAGUCCUGUUUAAAGUUCAAAGCUAAUGAUCACGGAUAUGAUAAUUUCCGCUCCAGUAACAAGUACAGCUCUUCAUAAAACAAGCAUAAAAGGUAUAGUCUCUUACAUUAAUGCUGGUGCCUUUUUAAGUAUAAGUGGCAAUUACUUUUAACAAGAUGGUAACAUCCAGAAAAAUCUAGUUUUGUAUUUGCACAAAAAAAAGAACGUUAAAAAAAAUUGCCCUAAAACUGUGUCACGUUGAAAAUCACGGACAUUUAUGAAAUCAUCAUUUAUGGAACAUGAAGAAAAGCAUAGAAAGAACAAGUCAUUGUUAGCACUUGAAUACUUCUGAAUCAGCACUUCCAAAUGAUCCCCACUUCCCGUACAUUAAGUGAUCGUUUGUAUUCUCUGUAACAGUUGUAGGAACUGAAGUCACAGUAAUUAUUAAGCAGCAUAAUAUCAAGUUAAUUGGAUCAAAGCCAUUAUUAUAUAUAACUCAAUGUAUUAUCUUUUAUAAAGCAAAUUAACCACCAUCACUAUUGUGAGUUUUUUUUUAAAAUAAAACAUGAAAUACUGUGUAAUAGAAGUCUAAAUGUUAAAAAGUAGAAUUUUUAUCAGGUAUAUUAUAAGUUAGCUACUGAAAAUAUUAAAGGAUUCAGUAAAUCCAAAAGUGCAUUUUACUUUGAUGAUUGUUUUUACCUAUUAUUGUAAGAAGAAACCUCCCAAGGGCUCUAUAAAUUCCUUUCUGUAGCCACUGUGCGUCUUCAGUGCAUUUGCCAGCACUUUGAGUAUUUGAGUUUACUGAUAGCAAAGGAGAGAAAAACACACCAAAAGCAAAAAAUUAAUACUAGUAGAAACAUACAAACUACGGCUAUUAUUUUAGCUAUUUUUAGUUGAAAACAAAUGGCUUGUAUCCUGUGUAAAAAGUGGGCAUUCCAGAGCCUGAUGGUUCUUUACUGGAGAUACUUUUGUGACAAUUUACAACAGUUUUUGCAAUCCAAACACCACCUUGGGGCAAAUUAUUUUAGAAAUACUGGGUGGAAAAAAAUGUAACCAAGGUAAAAAGAGAGAAUUUAAACUUCUGUCUUGAUUUAGAUUUAAAUCAUCCUAAAGAAAUGAUUCAUGAACUGUACUUCUAGAGAGUAGUACUAUGUAGCAUACUCACCUUCAUACUGUUUUAAAAUAUAUUCUACUUCUGUAGUUCCGUAUUUAUGGGUAUAAGAUGUGUGAUUAGUUUCUGCUUCUGUAAAUAGUUUAGUGAAAUGUAAUUAAUUGUAAAGUAUUAAGAUGUGGGCAGGACCCUGCAAGAACAGAAAAAGAUAAAGGUGCCUGUAGUAAACACAAUGUGUGUUGCCAGGAGCAAUGCAUGUUUUGUAUAUACAUGACAGGUCCUUCUUUGACUUUUCAUUUCCUAUUAAUUUGUUACAGAUGUCCCCAAAGACUUAUUAACAUAUUUCAUGCCCUAAGGCAUGAGUUUUUCAAGAAAAAUUGUCAUAUAACAUGCUUUUAUAAAAGACGCAUUUUCAAUAGGCUUGGUAUUUUAUUAUAAUAAAAUUAUUUAUCAAAACUCAGGAAUUUUUUUCUUUUAAAUUUCCAGAUCUCAUAUGUAAGGAUUUUUACCUUUUUUUCCAGUCUUGAUUAACUUCAGAUUUUUUACUAAAGUGCCUUAAAUGUACUCAGGAUGAAAACAGGUUCUAUUAAAAUGUUCAGCUGAUGUUGUCUUAGGUGGGUUUCUGACUUUAGGUAGCUACAGCUACCUUGCAGACAACUAAAAAUGGGGUGAUGAGCCCCAUUCCUGAUGCUGCCCCCAUCAGAAGCUGGAAAGUGAAUGCUUGUAUAAUCAAGCUGAGGAGGACCCCUGCACAUGCAUUUGAGCAUGGGCACAUGAGUGUGUGUGAGUGUGUGGUGUGUGCCAUAAGGUUGCUGUUACCAUCUUGCUGCAGCACAUCCACUCAGCUGCUGUAAUGCUGAACUUUUAUAAAUAAAAAUUUAUUUUAGGUUUUCUUCGUUACAUUUUUACCUUAAUUUUCAUGGUAACUUUCUCACGGUAAGCCAUGAAUAUCACUUCACAUCACCCUACCUGCAUCUAUUUCUGUGAAAUGUGUUUCAUCUGUUAAGGAUGAAUAAUAAGUGAAAUCAUAGAUUUGAUACUGGUCAGUGUUAUUUUCAUCAAGUUCUAUUGCUGCAAUAUUGUACAUGUAUAUUAUUUUUAUUUAAAAUAUAGCUGUUGUAUUGGCAACUGUGUAACAUACUUUUCAUUUUUUCCUAGACUAAUUCUUUGUUAAGUCUUGCUAAGUCAGAUAUUUAGGUUUUGCAAAUAAAGACCAUAUAUACUGCCUC